AUGUAUGGGCAAACUACUCUCCCUGACGUGCCCGGCUACGUCUAUUUCAAGUCUGGCGACCGGGUUCAGUGUCGCAAGAUCUUGACGGGUGAUGAGGCGAAGCCAACAUUCAACGAAAUCCCGUCUAUCGAUGCUUCUCACAUCUUCUCAGAGGACUUUCAAGAACGUAAGGAGCUCGCGGAACAGAUUGGCAAUGCCGCUCGAGAUGUGGGCUUCUUCUAUCUGAUCAACCCGCCGGUCUCUGGGGCAAAGAUGGAUGCUGCCUUUGCCGCGCUGGCCAAGUUCUUUGCCCUCCCGGAGGAUGUCAAGAUGAAGUACCAUGUCAACAAUAGUCCGGCAGUCAAGGGUUUUAUUCCUGUCGACCCUGCCGACAAGAGAGCAGGUUUUGGCUCAGCUCGAGAGGCAUUUUCCAUGGGUAUCGACUACACGGACCCCGAGCAGCAUGCCAUCAAAGUCGCUUCGCCCGGCACCGUCCCUCUCAAUCAAUGGCCCGACGAGGACCUUCCUGAGUUCCGUCGAGCGAUCUACGCCUACUUCACAGAAGUCUAUGUUUUAGCAGAGAAACUGGUACAGAUAUUCUCGCUCGCUCUCGGACUCGAGGAGACAGCAUUAGACCAAUUCUUCAAAUUGCCUUUUGCCGACAUCACCAUCAAUCACUAUCCACCUCAGGCCGGCGACGACCAGUACAAACAGGUCCUGUAUCCUCACGCUGAUUAUGGUGCUUUUACACUAUUGGCUCAGAAGGAAGUCAGCGGGCUGGAAGUGUUGAACGCCAACGCAAUCUGGAUAAAGGCACCUGUCGUAGAACACGCCUUCGUCGUCAACACAGGGAGCUACUUUGAGUUGAUAUCAGGCGGCCGGUGGAAGUCGACCAUCCAUCGUGUCUGCGCAAGAGCCAACACCGACCGAACCUCGCUUCCAUUCUUCUUCUCACCAGGUCCUACUACCACCAUAUAUCCCAUGGUCCCUCUUGAAGAUGAUGACCUCAAAGGUCGACGUAGAGAAAUUGGCAGAGAGCACGUGCGAGGCAUGAUGGCUGAUCGACCGAAUCAUCCUUUUGUGAAGAAGCUCAGGGCGCUUGGGUUGGGUCCGGAAGAUUAUACCUACGACAUGAUUUCGCAACCCAUAGCGCGAUGCAUUUAG